AUGGAACGCGUUUCCAAUGCCCCUGAGAGUUCGUCGCGACCGGAGAACACACCUACGCCGUCCCAGCGAACGCAUCGGCCGUCGAAUAGUGCAGCUGGUAGUAGCUCCAGACAAAGCGAAGGCAACAGGUUGAUUGACAACCUCGCUAACUCACUUGUAUAUUCCGAUGGUGAUAGACAACGCUCUCGUGAGAAUUCACUUAGGCCCAGUGCGCGGAGAGGCGCGACACCGACACCGACACCGACACCAGCACAGUCUGCCAAUCGAAAGCUGACCUACCCUGGCGGCCGGCCUGCGACUGGUGAUUUCCUCAUCCAUGUUGUGCAUAGGGAGAUGGACCGUCGACGCGAGUUGCAGCCGAACCCGACUUAUAUAUCGGAAGAGCGGUUUCCCAUUGAGGAAUUUCUGGGGUGGAGGAUAUACGAUGAGGAUAGUGUGGUGAUUCAUGUGAGAUGGGCAGAUGGCAGCCCCGAUACUGAGGAGCCAGAGGAGAUCAUGCACAUUGACAGUGCCCAGACGCUAUUGAACUUCUGGAGACGGAAGGGUGGUCGUGAUCAGGCAACUCAGGCACGUGGCCUAAAAGAAAACCGUAUCUUAAGGGUCCUUAAAAGCAAGGAGUCUAGGAAAGACAAGGGCAGUGAGUUGCUCCUCUGUCAAUGGAUUGGGCUCCCAGCAAGUGACCGUUACACCACUUGGCUGUCCGAGGAGGAGGUCAUGGAUAUGGCCCUGGGUCAAUGGUUGGAAUUUAAAACGGGGGUUAAUAAUAUCUUCGAUUGA